AUGGAUAAUGGGAGUGAGAGGGGCAACCUGGGGGCGCCAGGGGCUCGAGGCUGGACCACGAGCUGGGGGGAGGGGUGGGCGUGUGGCCGAAGGGUCGGUCACGUGCCGCAGCCGUUGCAGAGGCGUUGCUGCAGAUCGGUGGGCCGCGGGCUCGGGCUCCAGGCCGGCAUGGGACUGGCUCCUGCGAGGUCCAGAGGCAUUGGCCCCCGCGCCGCCUCUUCCCCGCCCCUCCUCCAGGAGGGGCGCUGGCUCGGGCCCCCGAAGGCCUCUGGAGGGGGGAAUUGGAAGGAACAGACGAGCCGCGCCCAGUCCGCCCCACGGCCUCUUCACCUCCGCGGUCGCCUCCCGACGUUCGCAGCCUCGACAUUUCCCGCAGCCCCGCCAGCAGCAGCGGCAGCGACUCCCCCCGAGACCAUGCCCUGGAGACGCCUCUCCGCCCUGCUCCGCAACCGCUGGACCCGGGGCAGCCCCCCCGGGAUGGGCUCCGGGCGCCGUUUGGAACACAGCGAGUUCGUCGAAUACACCGAAGCCCCUGAGGGCCAGUCCGGGCCCGUGGAGCCGGUGAACGCCUCGGAAGCCACCUUUGCCUUAAUAGUGUUUUUUUCUUCACACUUAAUACCAUGUGGAUGGUUUUUGAGCCGCAUGGGGAGCUACAGAAGAGUCCAGAUUUGAAGA